AAUUUAAGAAAUCUUUUUCCAUUUGAUUUCUUUCUAUUGGGGUGUUUUGGGGCCAGUGUCUUGUAUGGGCCAGUUGGUAAAGAGAACAGUUUUGAAGGACAUGGUCAGCACUCUGUUGACACUCCACGUGGGCAGUUUUCGCUGGUUCCAAUUUUAAACUUAAGAGAGGGAAGGAGAAGAUGGCAGUGUUUUAUGAGAAAUGAUGUAAUAACUACUACUAGUACUAGCUGUGUAAUGGCCUCUAGUAUUGUAAAGAAUGAGCUUGACUCUGACAGUAUUAAUAUUGUUCAAGAUAUAGACACAAAAUCUGGACCUAAUACGUAUACACCAAAUGCCAGUGUCAAUGAUACAUCUUCCAAUAUCAAUGAUGUAAAUAUACCUCCGUGUAACUUGCAAAGUACUGCCAAUGACAACUUGCAAAACAAACUCACAGAAAGUAAGGAACAUUUGGAUGUUAGCAAUAACAAACCAACAGAAAAUGAAAGUGUUGAUGGUAAACCAUUGCAGAAUGAGUUUCAUGGUCCAAUACUACCCAGUGUGAAUUGUCCAGAGAAAAUAAUAUUAUGCCUUGACUUGAGUGAUGAGAUGAACACAACAACAUUCAAAUCAAAAGCUGGGGAUAAAUAUUCAGGAUUAGAACUUGGGAAAAGAGCCAUUCGAAUGUUUGUUUUACAUAAGAGUCAAAUGAAUCCAAAACAUGAAUUUGCAUUUCUUAUAUUUCAUGAGGACUCCACCAUGAUUCAGUCUUUCACACCCAGAGCUCAAGAUAUUCUUACAGCUUUGGAUGACAGUAUUAUAGAAACUCACAAGUCUGGCCCAUUCAAUCUGGCAAAUCUAUAUGAAACAAUCAAAGCUAAUAUAGAAGUACCAGCAGCCAAUGAGACCUGUGAACUGCUACCUCCUCCUUAUAUCGUCAGGGUCAUCUUGGUCUAUGGGAGAUCUCAAAGUGUUCCAGUUGUAACAAAUACCACAGCUAAGGAAGAGCUGGAGUCCUCGCCUUACUUCUUUACAGAUGUGCUCUACAUCCAUGAAUCUCCGUCAGAACUCAACCAAUGUGAGGAGAUAUUCAAUGUGUUGUGCAAGUUGGAUCACAAUGGCUUCUCCUACAUAUUUGAAGUAUGCAAGUAUACACCAAUAUUGAACAGUGGCGCCAAGCUGUUGGCUCAUCCGCUGCAACGCCCUCGUCAGCUUGAAGCGUGUUACAAAUUAAAACAGGAGGAAGCCGUUUCUUGAAACCAAAAUCAAAAUGACGAGUUGAAUAGGAUAUUCUUUUGUUAAAUUGAAUUUUAUUAUAGCAUAGUGAAGUAUUAAUUGAACGUUGGCAAGACUUUGUACAUGUAUUCUUAAUAGUAACUAAGCUGCCAGUACCAAUAACCUGUUGGGGAUCCAUGUCCAGUAAAAGCAAUUUAGCUUAGAUGCUGCCCAUUUGGAUGACAACGAACUAACUAUUAAUUUUUUCCCCUUUCUCCAAGGUUUUAUAAAAUGUGAGCGGCUGUCUUCAUUUCCGAAGAUUAAGGAUGAAUAAUUUAUAUGUACUAAUUAAGUGUUUCACUCAGUAUGUAAAAAAAAUCUACUUUUUUUUUUCACACUACAGAAAUCUUAAAAUUUGUAAAUCUUAUCUUAUAAAUUACUUAUGAAUCUUUUAAAGAAGAUUAUUGCAUUGUACACUCAUCCACAUGUUUAUGUAUUUGUUCAUCAGCUGACUGACUCCGCUAACAAGAGUUGUAAUUAUAAGGAAAUGAAUAUGAAAGAAUUUAAAUCAUAAGUUUAUAGCAGUAAUUCUAAAUCAAAACAUAACAUUACAUAGGAACAAUGUUUUGUAAUGUCAAGAUGACUUUUUUGACAUUGUUUGAAGCCAUAAAUAAAUCUUAAGAUUACUUUCUGGAAAGUAUUUGCAUUCAAGAUGGUAACAGCUAUAGAGUAGUCUGCAAUUUGCAUUAUAUAAAUAAUGCUAUAGUUACUUAAUGCAAAGCUUCUGAAGUGAGUCUAUCUCUAUAAAGUUAUAAAAUUUGUCACUAUCCUAUAGAGUUUACCUAUUACACUAAUAGUGCAGAUAUACUACAUGUCUUAUUAAGCCCUACAGAUUACCAAAGUCAGUGCUUGUCUUGUCCUGAAUUCUUAAAUUUUGACGACUGUAUUGUAUACCUCACAUUACUUAUAAAAUUCCUAGUAAACCUAUUUGCAAGUAUGUGUACAGUUAAUGCAUAAUUGAAUUUAUUAACAAAGAUUUUAACACAGUCUGUUAUUUAUACUUAUUUGCUAUUAUUUUCAGUGUUAGGGUUAAACAAUUUCUGUGCACAUUUUAGCACUGUAGAGUCAAAUUUAGGAGCUCACUAUUUUUAGUUGGCAACAUUGACCCUCAAUUUAGGGUCCUUGACAUUGCUUAGUUUAUUAUGAUAAUUUCCAAAAACUAUAUAUUUAAAUAAUUAAGGGACUAGUUUCUACUAGCAAGAAAACACUAUAGCUAAACAGGGACUAAUCUAUUUCUCUGCAAAUGUACCAACUGUAUCUGACUUUCCAGCCUUAUCCAUAAUCUAUUGUUCUUGACCUAAUAGAUAGAAUACAGUCUGCCUGAUUUUUUGGUAUGGCUCUGGGCUGUCAUCUCAAUGGUCUCAGGUUCAAACCCUACCCGCCUCCAUAACCUGCUGUCUUGCACUAGGUUUUGGUUAGAAUGUAAGAAUCAAUUCUGAAACCUGUAAAACAGAACAAAAUAGAUUUAUAGACAGAACUGUCUUUGUACUUUAAGUUUAAGCAUUUUUUCACUGGACUGUAUUUUUUUAGAGUACCAUUUAGGCAGUGUGUUUCUUUUUAAGAUACUAUUUUGGCAUUUUAGGGUUAAGAUUAGUUUUUUUGUUUUUUUUGUUUUUAUAUUAACCUAGCUCAGAAAACUGGGAAUGGAAGUUGUCAUUUAGAAAUUAUUUGCAUUUGUUUUAGUACUUUUAAAAACGUGUAUGCAUUCCAAUAAAAUCUUUUAUUCUGAAAUAUUUAUCAUAUUAAUAAUAAUAAUUUUUGUUUGUACUUGGUUACAUUUAUAAAUUUAUUGCUUUUCGUAAAACUAUUUCUUUUUGUGACAGUUUCACUUUGAUUUACUCCAGUGUGUUGUUACCGAUUUUCUCCUCUGUUGGUUAAAGUGAACCUAUUAUAUUAGUAUAAAUUGAUAAUGGACUAAGAAGUUUUUUCUGUCGUAGCUUAUCUUAUGAAAUAUAGACUUAUUUCAAAAAAGAAGUUUAUUACGUCCUAUGUUCCUAAGUCAAACUAGUCAUGCAUGUUAAUCAAUGACUUAAAUUCUGCCAUAUCGUUGGUUUUCCUGGUUGAUGUAAUAGUUUAUCAAGACAAUACUCAUACUUAGACCAUGUUUUUUUUUUUUUCAAAUGUGCCGAUGCAUUAUGUUACUUAAAACAUUUGUUCUCAUCAGGUUAUUCUUGUUCAUUUUUUUCUUUUAAAAAAUUACAUUUGAGAAAAUUCUUGUUAAUUAUGUGAGGGUUGUUGCUGUGUUCAUUGUUAAAUGUUUUGAUAUUUUCAAUCUCUAAAAGGAGCUGCAAUUCUCAGUCUGCUGUUAGUAUUAAAUUCAUCAGGGUUUAAAAUAUUGAAUAAGCAAAAUGGUCAGUGAGACAAAGUUUUGUAUUUUUCAAUUUCUGGCAGAGAGACAAACAAAGAGAUAUAUAUAAACAUUGUUCAUUCAAUUAUAGAGGCUAUUUGUAUUGCUAGAAAAAAAGUUGUAUAGUUACUGUAAGAACUAAAUUGUUAUUAAAACAUUAAGUCUGUCAGGGCCUCUGAUUUAACUGAUAGAAAGUGUACUAAUAAAGUGUUGCCUUUGUCAUUUAGAUGUUGACUGUCAAUGUCAUUGAUGUUUUUCCUGAUUGAAUGUUGGCUAUUGGUUGUCAAUGAUACACACACACAAAGUUUUUAUUUAUGAGGUAAUAUUUGAAUAUGUUAAGUAACUUAGCUAUAAAAAGAUAUCAAUUCAUUGUAUGAAAGUUGAAUAUAACAAUAAAGCUGACAUAUUGCCUUCUGCUAUGUGAUCAAUCGCAUUUCUAUUUAUUUCAUAUUUUGCUAAUUUUAUUGAUUUCCUUCAAGCCUGACUAUACAACAGUCCUCUGAUUUAAGAUGUUACAUUUGGCACAUUAAGAUCAUCAUCCCAGUGGCACUACAUCUCAUGGAGGGCACUGGCCUGCUUUAGCACAUCUCUCCAUUCUGAUCUAGCCUGUGCUUUAUAUUCCAUGCCCGGACUUAAAGCUGUUGUAGAUGGUGCACUAACUCUUACUCUCCAUAAUUAUUUCCCUUGUUCUGGUAGUAUUAUUCAUUUUGCUCAUUUGUAUUGUAUUCCACUAUCCUGUUCAGAUUAAAUGCCAAUAACAUUUUUGUUUGUUAUCAGGAAAUGUUAUAUUUGGUAUAGAAUUAUAGGAGAAUGCAUGCUCUUUUUACAGGUUCAAAUUCUGGUGAAAACUGGGAUUGUUAAAUUUGGGUACCUGACAUUAUUUAGGGAAAAGUAAAGGUGGUUGACUUGCCCAAUACAUCUCAAGGUCUGAAAGGGUCACGUAACUUAACACACUUAACACUAAAUUUUAAAAAAAUGGCUGAAAAAGUGCAUUUUGGUCUAAAUUAAUUUUUAAUGAUGCCCCUGUGAAAUGACUAAAAAGUGUAUUAAUUGUGGUCUUUAAUUUUCCAAAACAAAAUGUGUCAUGGUCGUCAUGGACACACUUUUAACCACACUAGAAAUUCUCUAAUUAAAAAAUCAUAUUUUAAAAAAAAUGAUAACUUAUAGUUUCUGCAGCUAAUGAUGAAUAAGAAUGUCUUUUGAGUAAUACAGUGACCAAAACAAAAAAUAAUUUUUCCUAACCUACAACCAGAGAUCUUCUUCUUGGUCAGAGUGACUUGGCAGAAUUUAAGUCAUUGGUUAAUAUGCAUGACUAAAUGCAUGACGCAUAGGACGUAAUCAUCUUCUUUUUUGAAGUAACGUCUGUAUUAUAUAAGAUAAGAGUGAAAUAAAACCACAACAAAUUUCUGAGUUUAUAAAGUAUUAUCUGUUCUAUGAUUAACAAACCGUAGGUGAAAAAUAAAGGACACAUGAUAAUAUCUUUCUUACACAAUUUAUUGAAUAGAUUGUACAACUAGACAUCUAUUGCUGCAUGAAGACAUUGGACAAAAUCAAAAUGUUUUUAUUAGCUUGGAAUCAAUUUUUUUUUUUUGAUGUACUUGCACAAGUGUGAUAAUGGCCUAUGAAAAUAAUUUUGUUUGAUAACCCAUUCUUUUAUCUUUAUAUUAGAGAAAAAGUAUAUAUGUGACCAAGUCUUUGUCUUAAAAAGGUUUUUGAGAAAAAUUAGUACCUGGUUAGGAUUUCAUUUUUUUAAAAAUGCAUAAAAAAACACAUUGGCAAGUAGAUUAUUAACAAAAAUUUUGAUUAUUUAAUAAAUGCUAGAAAAUGAAUACUUUUGGUCAGCAUCACACUUAUAGACAGAUGUGUACAACCAGAGUUCACCUCUCCCUAGAAGCCAGAUCAAACAACUGCCUAAUCACCAGUGACAUAGCUGAAAGGGGGGGGGGGGGGCCCAAAUGUGUUUGAAAUUGUUUUUUACAUUAAAUUUUACACAAAAUGCAGGGGCCCUAAAGAGGCAAGCCCCCCGACCCCCAAAUGAUGGCCAAUUCCUAGCUAUGCCACUGCUAAUCACUUUUCUUCUGGCGGCACUGUCUACAUAUUUUCUUCCUGCUACCCCAAACCAAGCUGAACCCGACCCAUACCAAUAGUGUCUCAUAAGCAUUUUGAUCCCCCACCAAACACACCAAAGUACUGAUGAUCUAUUUUCAAAAGCUGUAAAACCGCAUUAGAAACAUCGUUUUCAUAUUAGAAACAUCGUUUUCAUAAUAUUUCAGCUUAAAUCAAAAGAGCAGUCUUACUGAAUUUAGACCAUUCCAUGAGCCAUCAUCGCAUUGUGCUUGACAGAAAAGUAUUGAACAUUUUGGACAGAUAUAUUUGCUGUUUAAAAAAAGGUUGGACAAAAAAACAAAAAGAUAACUGUAAAAUGUGCUGAAAAGAAAUAACCUGUUUAAAGUAUUGGACAGAAAUGAAAAAAAAAAGGGAUGGCCAAAAAUGUAGGACACUAUUUCAUUGUUUCACUUGUUGAAAUCACGAGAAUAAAAUAAAAUGCAAUUCUAUUUACAGACGUAAAACUAUUUUAAAUUGUUAUUUACAAAUAAAUAAACCGUGUGUUCAACAUUAUUUAUAACUCAGGGUUAUAGCGUAACUGUGUUUAAAGAUCUUCAAACUUAAGGUAGUUAUGAGAGAUUGCUAUUCAUCUUUACGUUAACAAAAUUUAUAUCAAUGUUAUUGAGACUAAUGAAAGUGUCAGCUUAAAUUAAAAAAAAAUUUUUAACCAACUGAUAAGAUAUGCCAGGAUGUGCCCAAAGUUGUUUUUUUU